AACCGCCGGCACCGCCUUCAUUUUUUUUUGCACUACAUCGCUGCGUGCCGACAACGAGGACACAUCUCAACGCGAAUCUCUCCGGUCGAGUCAAUCUCUCUGAUAGACGCUGUCUUCCAUUUUGCUUCGUUAAAAUCAUCAAAGACGCCGUGAGUCGGCAAAACAUCAUGGCUACAUUGUCUUUGACUCUCUAAACUUGGUGACACAUGAUAAUGAAGCAAUAAGUUUCAACUUCUAUUACGGAACCAUAUUGCGAACAUUCAAAUGAGCCGCGUCUUUGAUGCAAAAUUCAAAAGAUGCCUUCCUACAAAGUCACCUACUUCAACAUCAAGGGUCUCGGCGAGCCCAUCAGGUUCAUCUUGAGCCAGGCCGGCGUCGAUUUCGUCGACGAUCGCGUGGAGAGUGCCGACUGGCCGAAAAUCAAGCCCACUACUCCCUUCGGUCAGAUGCCCGUUUUGGAAGUGGACGGCAAGAAGAUAAACCAGACCAAUGCAAUCUGUCGCUACUUGGCUAAGCAGUACGGUCUUGCCGGCGCCAACGACUGGGAAAAUCUUGAGAUCGACGCCACGGUCGAUACCAUUCACGAUCUUCGUGCCAAGAUCGGAGCCUACUACUACGAGACCAAUGCCGAGGCUAAGGCCGAGAAGGAAAAGGCCGCGAAGGAACUGGUUCCGUUCUACGUUGAGCGUUUGGAUGAGCAGGUGAAGAAGAACGGUGGCUAUUUCGUUGGUGGCAAGCUCACCUGGGCCGAUCUUCUAUUUGUUGCCGUCCUCGGCUACAUGAACGGCAUCGCCAAGGAGGACAUCAUUGCCAAGGUCGAGAACCUCAAGGCACUUCGCGAGAAGGUCCUCAACCUGCCGAACAUCAAGGCUUGGGUCGCGAAACGCCCGGAGACAGAAUGUUAAUUUUCAUAAAAAGAAGCUUUGAUUGUUGAUGUUGCAUGUGCAAAUCAGAGUAUUAUAUUUUUCAAAGCCAUAUUUUAAUGGUAGAACCGCGUUCUAACCACACAUUGCAUAAAAUAUUUACGAAGCAUUAUGCAUCUCAUCCAAUGUUCAUUGUAUUUUUAUAAAUAAAUACUGACAUGUUCAUUUUUUAA